AAUCGCUGUUCGCUGUCAUCUCUCAAAGUACAUCCAUUUUUAUCGCGUUUGUGUAAAGGAGUGGUCAAUAAUUUUCGUGGAAAAAGAAUAAAAAUUGAGCACAAAAAAUGGCAGUAAAUGUAUAUUCGACUAAUGUUACAACCGAUAAUUUAUCGCGGCAUGAUAUGUUGUCGUGGGUGAACGAUUGUCUGCAAUCGUCAUUUUCCAAGAUAGAGGAGUUGUGCACAGGUGCUGCUUAUUGCCAAUACAUGGAUAUGCUGUUCCCGGGCUCAGUACCGAUGAAACGCGUAAAAUUCCGCACCAACUUGGAGCACGAAUACAUACAGAAUUUCAAGAUUUUACAGGCAGCUUUCAAGAAAAUGAGCGUCGACAAGAUAAUUCCAAUUGACAAACUAAUCAAAGGUCGUUUUCAAGAUAAUUUUGAAUUUUUGCAAUGGUUUAAGAAAUUCUUCGAUGCCAAUUACGAUGGUCGCGAAUACGAUGCCAUGGCUGCACGUGAAGGUGUCCCAAUGGGCUUCGGCUCGGGCGCCGCAAAUGUCUCAGCUAAAGGCAAUGGAUUUUCAUCGCAUGGCUUGGGUGCACGUAAAGCCCCGUUGGCAACAUCAUCAUCACGCGAAAAAAUUCGUCCGACAACAAAAAUCGCUCCAGUUCGACCAACACCAUCAUCCAGACCAGCAGCUUCGAGGCCGGCAAACAAUGCAGUUAAUCAUCAAAUUGAGGAAUUGACGUCGCAAAUGAUGGACAUGAGAUUAAGCUUGGAGGGAUUAGAAAAGGAACGUGACUUCUAUUUCAGUAAAUUACGUGACAUUGAGAUUCUAUGUCAAGAAGUUGAAGAAGGCCCUACUGAAUUAGUACCGAAAAUUUUAGAAAUCUUGUAUGCUACUGAGGAUGGUUUUGCUCCUCCCGAUGAAGCAGCACAGGAGGAAGAAGAGUACUAGAUGACCCCAUGCAUUUUGCUGAAGUGUAAAAUUAAUUAAAUAUUAUUAACUUGUACCAAGAGUGAAUGAAAAAAAAACCAACAAUGAAGAAGAAAAAUCACAAACACUUAAAAAAUCAUAAAAAUGAGAGAGAAAUAUCAUGAUCCCAUCCAAUUGUUAGAGAUGGCAACGUACUAGCAAUCGUUAACAUCCUCUAAGUUUAUCGAUUUAUUAUUAUUAUUAUUAAUUAAUAAACAAAAAUUGUAACAAUUAACGUUAUACGGAUUAA